UGAGGGGAGUCGAGUCUCCCGCGCCCCGCCAUCCCUGGUGGAGCCACCGCUUAGCCAUUCGAUCUGAGACCUCAGUGCUAAUAAAGUUAGUUUAAAAUCCAUAGUCAUUUUUAAAAGAGAGAAAGAAAGUGCGAGGCAGUCGGGCGGCCCCCCUGGGGAGCUGGCGCGUUGGGAGGCGGUGGCGGUUGCGCCGCGACCAGGAGGAGCCGGUCGCGCCGGCCGGCGGGUCCGCUGCUGGCGAGGGACGGUGUGAAAGAGAAGUUCUGAUCACUUGGAAUUGGAGUUGGUACUGAAACCAUUUCUACUUCAAAAAUGUUGGAGGAAGAUAUGGAAGUGGCCAUCAAGAUGGUGGUUGUAGGCAAUGGAGCAGUUGGAAAAUCAAGUAUGAUUCAGCGAUAUUGCAAAGGCAUUUUUACAAAAGACUACAAGAAAACCAUUGGAGUUGACUUUUUAGAGCGACAAAUCCAAGUUAAUGAUGAAGAUGUUAGACUAAUGUUAUGGGAUACUGCAGGUCAAGAGGAAUUUGAUGCAAUAACCAAAGCCUACUAUCGAGGAGCCCAGGCUUGUGUACUUGUAUUUUCUACUACAGACAGAGAGUCUUUUGAAGCAGUUUCUAGCUGGAAAGAAAAAGUAGUAGCUGAAGUUGGAGAUAUACCAACUGUGCUUGUACAAAACAAGAUUGACCUUUUGGAUGAUUCUUGUAUAAAGAAUGAGGAAGCUGAGGCUCUGGCAAAAAGGUUAAAGUUAAGAUUCUACAGAACAUCAGUGAAAGAAGACCUAAACGUGAGUGAAGUUUUUAAAUACUUGGCUGAAAAAUAUCUUCAAAAACUCAAACAACAAAUAACUGAGGAUCCAGAACUAACACAUUCAAGUAGUAACAAAAUUGGUGUCUUUAAUACAUCUGGUGGAAGUCACUCGGGUCAGAAUUCAAGUACUCUUAAUGGUGGAGAUGUCAUCAAUCUUAGACCUAACAAACAAAGGACCAAGAAAAACAGAAAUCCUUUUAGCAGCUGUAGCAUACCUUAAAAUAUUUUAGGGAUGAAAAAGUUGAAUUAUAUUGUACACUUCACUAAGAAACACAUCCAGCUGUCACAGUAUGCUACAAGUGUUUUAGCAGUCUUAGUACCUAAUGGCUUUCUGAAAGCUGACAGAUUUAAACAUUGCUCUGCAGUGCUUUUCAGAAUGUAGAGUGAGACCUCUGGUGGAAAAAUUACUGCCCUGUGGAAUUCAUUUUAAUUUUUUUUUUUUUUUUUUUUUACAUUAGACGAGGCUUCUCCUGUUUUUGAAGGAAUGCUAUUACGAAAUGUCAAAAACAGGUUUUGCUGAAUUUUAAAUGCUGGAAAACAUAUAUGCAAUGCCUAAAUAUAUUGGUACAGAUUUUAAUAUGGAUAAAGGAAAAGAAAACAAGCAUUCUUUUUCUGAAAUUGGCCAUCUAGCUUUUCUAGAUAAUAGUGUUGAACCCAAAUACUUGGGAAAAAUAAUGCUGAAAGGCAAACCCUAAAAUCUUAUCAGACUGCACUAGUAUGUAUUUUGGCAAUGUUACUUGUGCAAUAUCUAAAAAUUAGAAUGUGGAAGUGUGCAUGCAGAUAUCUGGUACUGAAGCAAACUGAAGGUAUGUGCAGUAUUUAAGGGAAUGUAGAUUUUAAUCAAUUCAUUUGUAAACCAUUUACACAAUGUGUACGUUUUUAUUUUCAAAUGAAAAGUUCCUGACAUAUAUUUUGCAAAAUGAGCUUAGAUUUAAAAUGUGCUUUGUGCCAAAAAUAUCACCUAAUUUUUACAGUGCUUUACUAUCAAAAUUUUUAUUGUUUAUAGUGUCUUUUAAAAGCAGUUCUCUGAUAGGCAGAUAAAAGGGGAAUAUAAAUAUUUUUAUUGCUAGAGCAUCUUCCUGGUGUGAGACUUAUUGCAAAAUCUUUUCUGUGUGGUCACUGUAAACAUGGUGCAUUCAUGCUGUCAUAGGUUAGCCAAGUCCCAAGAAGGUACACUGUUCAUGCAUGGUCAUUCAGGAGGUUCUAUGAAGUUUGUGCAUCUAGCACCUUUUGCUGCUGACUGAGAACCCAACUUUGAACUUUUAAGAGUAUGCUAACUAUUUUUACAAUAUGAUCUUUAGUCCUAAUCUAAGUUAGGGAUUUUAUAAUAACCUGCAACUCUGAAGCAUCCUUUUGUUUACAUACUUUCAUAUAUUAUUUUACCAUUAUUGCUUAAAAAUUUCUAUAGCCUUUGGUUUGUUUAGCACUUUCUCAAGAGCUGUCAGCACCACAUACAGAAUAAUAAGAAACAAUCUAAUAUGAAAGGAUGUAUCAGAGCAUAAAUUUUGUGACUUGGGACAGUAGCCUUUCAAACAAAGAUAAUCGCAUGAACUCUGUAAUCGAUUAUAAUUCUGAUUAUCAUUCAUCCGUGGUUGUUUUUUAAUAUAUAAUUAACCCAUUUCAAUAUAUCUCCUUCUUACAGGAUUUUAAAAUAUGCAAAAAUUUCUCUUAAUGUGUCAUGAAAUCAUUUUCAUUAUUUAUACUAAAUACAUGUGUUUUAUAUAUUUUUCUUUUUUUAAGUCUUCCAUCUGCACCACCCUCAUCCUUUUGUCCAGAUUAAUACUGAGAACAUGUAGAAUUUCCUGCGGUAUGUCUUGGUUAAGUGAUCAAGUAUGAAUGUUUGCUUUUCAUAAUAUUGAAAUAAUCCGGCAUUAUCUAUUUCAAAGUAAUAUAAAAAGUUUAUUUUUAUGUCAUCAGUUGUUACCACUCCCAUUGCUGGCAGUGGGACAAGUGUUGGGGGAAAAAACUCAGCUUCUUACAAUGAAUGAUAACCUGCUAAGGAAUGCAUCUUUUUUACUCUUUAAUUUUUGCACAAAAAAUAUUUGUGUCAAAUAAUCUCAUGAUCUUUAUCAGAAGAAAAGUCUCUUGUUAUAUAAUGUGUUGUAGUUCAAUUUCAUAUUAAUUGUGUGGAUAAAUGUGUGUUACUUCUCUGUAUAAAAAAUGUAAUCUCCAAUGAUGAUUGUAGUUAUGUUUGGUUUAUCCUUGUUUUUCCUUAUGAAAACUGAAGAGACCUAAAUUUUUACUUGGCAUUAUUAUAUUUUACACCUAAUCAUAAUCAUUUAAAAUAAAAGGUUUGAAAACCAGUGAUAUGUUAAAUAAAUUCUCAAUUUAAUCUUCUAAAACUUUAAAGAUUGAUAUUUUUCCUUUGUGAUCCUUUACUCUUUUAAGUAAUUUUAUUAACUUAUCAUGAAACUCUGGAUACUAAAGAGACACGACUAAGAUUCUGGGUUAGCAUGCAUUUGUGCCCCAGUCUACUUUUAUGGGUAAUUUUUAGCAUACAGACAUAUAGCUGUGGAACAACUGCCAUAUUUCAGUUCCCCUGGUUUCCUUUUUCAGUCUCUGCCUGUGAAUUAAAUAGUAUGUACAAAAUAGUCCAUAUAAGGCAAUAUAUUUUAAAAGGUUCUUUUUACCUGUUCAAAAUUGGAAGCACAUGUGGUUUUUCAGAAUAAAGCUUAACAGUAUUAAAAAGGACAAGCAACUUUCUUCAUUAUGGAGUGAAGCUAUGUGGUUGUUCCAAAGUUGGCAAUGCAGUGAGAAAGAAAUCUCAGUAAUAUGUAUUCCAUUGCACCUGGGGCUUUAGGGACUGGGACCUUUUUUGAAAAUCUUCUAGUGAGGAGUUGUCCUUAGAACCCAAUGUUCUAACUUCAAACAUUGUACUGUUUUAAUGUAAGAUAUUGUUAGCGUCUUUCUCAAACUUUUGAAAUAGUUAUUACUUUCUGAAAUGUAUCAUUAGUGUAUUUCUCUGAAAACAAAAUGAACUGAUGUGGUGAAAGCUUGUCUUUCAUUGCACAGUCAUUUGAUAAACAGGUAGAUUUCCUCAGUAAUUAUGAAUAUCAUGUGUACUUAUUGUCACUCUUUAGGCUUUCAUAUAUAAAACUUGUAUAUCUACAUAAAAUUGAAUUUGUAAACAACAAAAAAAUAUUUAAAACCCCAGUAGUCUUUAAGAUACCCAGUCAUCAAACACAUGAGUAACUGGGUAAUCUGACUAUGAUACUCUUUUACCAGCUAGUGCCCCUUUUUGGCUUUCUUUAAGUAUCUCUAACAGAAUGUUGGUAAAUGGUAUUUUAAAAAUAAAAACUGGAUUAAAAGGAAAACUGAACCACUUCUAUAUUUUUUGUGAGUAAUAAAUAAUACUUUUAUAAAUUUAAAUGGAAAACCACUUGUAUGAAUUUGUACUGAGUAGCAGUUAUGCCCUCAAGAUUAAUUUAAAAUGUGCAAUUUGAUUAAAAUUUCAGUGGAGAUGAAUUCCAAUAAUUAAAAAAAACAUGCAUUUCAAAGCUAGAAUUUCAUGUGAUAUGUGUGAUGUUAUCACCAAUGUGAAACUCAGUAGUAAAAGGUAUAAUGUAACUUCUUUAAAAAUAAAAAUAACCUAAAAAUAGUUCAUACUCCUGAUAAUGGAUCAGUAUGGAAUAUAUUCAUUUUGUUAGUGGUUAUUUAAUGCAACUUAGUAGCACCAUGGCAUACAGAUGUUUCUUCUACCAUUGUAGCAAUAUCAUGCUUUUAUUUUGUCUUGUUCUGAGGCUUUUAGUCCUCCAAAUAACACAUUUACUUUGUCUUGUGGUAUAAAAUAACCAUAUAGUUCUAAUUGAUUUCACAAGUUUUUUUCCACAUGUGAGCAUGUGGUAUCUCUUACACAUAAAAGCUUGAAGGAGCCUUGUAACCCAGAUUUUUCAGUUGCCAAGGGCAAGAUUCUUGUUAAAGGAAAUGCUCCUGGGCCCUCUGCUGGUAAGAGAUGGAGUUGGGCGCUCAGGCUACGUCUUGCAGGGAUACUUAUUAACCCAGUAGUACUGUGCCUGUUUUCUGUUUUAUCCAUUUUCCUUUGGCUUCUUUGGUGUGAGUACACACACACAAAUACAGAGGUGGCUGAGCCUACAUUUACUCACACCUUUGUUGCCUUUUCUUUCCCAAGAUUCUUAGCUAUUUUACCUUAUUUUGUGUCUUUGGGUAAUUGUAAAAUUCUGCCUUCAGAGACAGCAUUUUCACAUAUAUGAAAUGUGUCCACAUUUAUCAGUCAGUCAUUUAAAGGGUAUAAAUACAUUAAAUACAUUUUAAUGUAUUUAAAUACAUUUAUAAAUACAUAUAAAUACAUUUUAAGCACUCUGGUCAAUGCUAGACUGAGCUGCAUCAACAGGGUACCAUGACUGCACUCAAGUGUUUGUCCUUGUGCAUCAUACUUGACUAAUGUUUCAUUAAAUGAAAAGGAAGAGCCCAUUCACAGGAUUCCAUGUGUCCUAGAGAAUCCAAUAGUGGAAGGGCUGAGGCUGUAGCUCAGUGGUAAAGUGCUUGCCUCGUAUGUGUGAGGCACUGGGUUCAAUCCUCAGCACCACAUAAAAAUAAAGAUACUGUGUGUUCAUCUACAACUAAUUUUUUUUUUUUUAAGAGAGAAUCCACCAGUGGAAAGGCAAAGGCCAUUGGAAACCUCAAGUUCAAAUUCAUUGCUGUUAAAGGUCCCCUUCCCACUUAAAAGCACUAGGAACUUUUUCAAUAUCAGAGUCCCUAAAUUAAAACACCACAAAGCUCAGUUCUAUAUUUGCCAUACUUAACUAGGUGGAUUUUCACUUUGUCCUCAGUUGAUGAAUUUGAGUUAACGUCUCCUUUGCAGGUCCGUUUGCUAGCUACCAUACUUCAGAAAGCCUAUCGUUAAAAAUGAAGGCAGAAAGCAGGCUUUAUGGAGAAGCCUUGGGACAGACAGGGAUGGAAAUAAGACAAAGAGCUGUCCUCAAAUUGCACGUUACAUUCUUAAAUUGUGUUGGAUGGUGAUAAGUCAAAACAUACUCUAAAUGUCCUUCAAGUCUAUUAUCUGUCAUUAUCUAUCAUGUGGCUCAUGUAGCAAAGAAUACAAGUCAAGGAAGCAUGACAACAAUAAUUUGUGAAGGAAAAAGUCCUGGACUGAUAUGGAGUGAAUGGAAUGGGAGGGUAGAGGGCAGGGGGUACCACCCAGAGGGGAAAGGGCUUUCCAAAACUGACAACACUAGAGAAUCUGAGGAAAACUUGAUCAUCCCGUUCUUAAUUUUCAAAAA